CCACUUGACAGAGGUGCUAGCGGUUAGCAGGUUGGCUUACAUGGCAGUGAUUUGGGGGUUCCAUUAAUUGUGAUCGAGUUGUUAAAUCAUUUAAAAUCUCAAACCUACAGCUUGAAGAUGCAGGAUGACGCGCGCUACCUCAAACGCAAAGUGACUGCGGGCAGUUUGGAUGUCCAUCCCACUGAGAAGGCCCUGGUUGUCCACUAUGAGGUGGAGGCAACUAUACUGGGAGAGGGUGGAGGUCACAUGCUGGGUGAACGCAAGGAAGGGCAAAAAAUUAUCCGCGUGAAAAGUCUUUCUCCUAGUACUGAUGUGGGAGCUUUGGCAAAGAAAGUGGUGGAGGAGUGUAAACUCAUCCCUCCGUCCCGUUUGCCCCAGGUGGAGCAGCUCCUCUACUAUCUCCAGAACAGGAAAUCAUCCCCGGUGGAGGGCAAAGUGGAAAAGAAAGAGAAAAGAACAGUGAAGCCCAGAGAGUUAACACCGUUUGAAGGAAUGGAGUUGAACGAGGAAGCCAGUAUAAACAGCAUCGAUGAGUAUGUUGAGUUGCUCUAUGAAGGCCUCCCAGAGAAGAUCAGAGGCUCUGCUCUCAUUCUGCAGCUCGCCCGCAACCCUGAUAACCUGGAGGAGCUGCUGCAUAAUGAGGUGGCCCUAGGUGCUCUGGCCAGAGUACUCAGAGAAGACUGGAAACAAAGUGUUGAGUUGGCUACCAUCAUUAUUUACAUUUUCUUCUGCUUCUCCAGUUUCUCUCAGUUUCACGGAGUGGUGAGUCAUUAUAAAAUAGGCGCUUUGUGUAUGAACGUGGUGGAACACGAGCUGAAGAGGCAUGAUGUAUGGCGUGAGGAGCUCCGCAAGAAAAACAAGGCUUGUGAGUCAGCACCAGAGAAUGGUUCUCUAAGAAGAGACCAGGAUAAAGCUCAGAGAAAAUACCAAGGCCUCCUGGCUAAGCAGGAGCAGCUGCUCAGAGUGUCUCUUUACCUCUUGCUCAACCUUGCUGAGGACACAAGGACUGAGCUGAAGAUGAGGAAUAAAAACAUUGUUGGCCUGCUGGUUAAAGUGCUCGAACGGGAUGAUGAGGAGCUGCUGGUCCUGGUGGUUUCUUUCCUCAAAAAACUGUCCAUCUUCCUGGAGAACAAGAAUGACAUGGCUGAGGUAGAUACUGUGGAGCGACUGGCUCGACUCAUUCCCUGUGAACAUGAAGACUUGUUAAACUUGACUCUGCGUCUGCUACUCAACCUCUCCUUCGAUUCUGGACUCCGAGCCAAGAUGGUAGAAGUUGGGCUGCUUCCUAAACUGACAGCGUUGUUAGGUGAUGAGAACAACCGUCAGGUAGUCAUGCGCAUCCUGUAUCACAUCAGCAUUGACGACCGUUUCAAGAGCAUGUUUAUUUACACGGACUGCAUACCACAGCUAAUGCAAAUGCUGUAUGAGCAUGGUGAGGAGGACAUGGAAGCUGAGCUCAUUUCCAUUUGCAUCAACUUGGCUGCGAACAAGAGGAAUGCACAGCUCAUGUGUGAAGGAAAUGGACUGAGGAUGCUCAUGAAGAGAGCUCUCAAGCUGAAAGACUGCCUUCUUAUGAAGAUGAUCAGAAACAUCUCGCAACACGACGGACCAACCAAACCACUGUUCCUAGACUACGUCGGUGACCUGGCAGCAGAGAUCCGUGCAGAGGAAGAGGAGGAGUGGGUGCUGGAGUGUCUGGGGACGCUGGCCAACCUCACCAUCCCUGACUUAGACUGGGAGUUGGUUUUGAAGGAGUACAACUUGGUUCCUUACCUCAAAGAUAGGCUCAAACCAGGCUCAGCAGAGGACGACCUCAUCCUGGAGGUGGUGAUAAUGAUCGGAACGGUUUCCAUGGAUGACGCUUGCGCCGCCAUGUUGGCUAAAUCAGGCAUCAUCCCUGCCCUUAUUGAACUACUGAAUGCCCAGCAAGAGGAUGAUGAGUUUGUGUGUCAGAUUGUCUACGUAUUCUAUCAGAUGGUGUUCCACCAAGCUACGCGAGACGUCAUCAUCAAAGACACCCAGGCUCCAGCCUACCUGAUAGAUUUGAUGCAUGACAAGAAUGCAGAGAUUAGAAAAGUGUGUGACAACACACUUGAUAUCAUUGCUGAGUAUGAUGAUGAGUGGGGCAGGAAGAUUCAGUCAGAGAAGUUCCGUUUCCACAACAACCAGUGGCUGGAGAUGGUCGAGAGUCGCCAAGCUGAUGACUCUGAGCCAUAUCUUUAUGAUAAUGACAAUGACAGAACUGAUAUAUUCUACAGUGCAGAUGGAAUCACUCCAGCAGAUGGCUCGGUCAGCCCAGAUUUCUUCAGUGACCUGCAGCCUCAUAAUGGAGAAUCGCACCUUACAGGAGAUGUCAAUGAUGUGUUUGACCAGACCAGCUCAUCACCUGGACGACCGGCCACUGCCUACGGCUUCAGACCUGAUGAACAACCCUUCUAUCAGUACUCGUAGAUACGCACACAUUCCUGGUGUGUUCAUCAGACCUGUUCCUGCAUGUUCACAAUUUUUCACCACUAAAGUCAUGAACGAAUUGUUGUGGUUACUUAGACGGUCGUCACAAAUCCACAAAGACAUAGCGCUGCACACUACAGAUUGUAAAGUAGUUCUUAAAUAGACUGUAGUUUCAUGCAGACAUUAAGACAUUUAAUUCAUUCAUCAGUUAAGAGGUUAAGUCUUCCUCGCCUAGUCUUUUUACACUCAGUAAAUAAUUAGAAGAAUGUAAACAGACGAUGCCGACACUGCUGUAUGUUGAUAGGUUUUGCAUGUGUUUCCUAUAUAGUCAUUUGUUAGCGCCCCACACCUCCCCAUGUCCAUCGAAGAAGUAAUUUGACAUUGUUGAAUAAUUUCAGAUGCCCUAGUUUGUCUCAGCCAUCACUGCACUACAACACAUGUAACAUAACUUUUGUGUGCAUCACUCUAAAAUCAUAAAAAGCAUAGGGUUGUCCAACCUGCUUUCCCACUGGUGGGUUAGUUCAGACUAAGGUGCAUUUUUGUAACACUCUCUGGCUCACAGUGCACAGUUAAAGGGUCCAAACUGAUUUAGCAGGAUUCAGAAGUAGGUCAUAUGCCUGUUGUGGCUGAUGUGGCUAUGAACCUGCAGUGAGAUGAGAAGUGAGAUAAGGAGGUCUCGUGAGCCACAUUACCAGAUUUUGUUUUUACUUUCAAUACUGGAAGAGUGUGUUGUUAGUGAUAUUAUAUAUGGACAUUAAUCAGACUGCCCACAGCUCCCUUGAGACACCCUACAAACACCUGAAACAGCUUAUCUCAUCUAGACGUAGUGCAAUCUGUGCAAGGCCACUACUAAGUUAUAUGUAUGGUGUGAAACAUUGAAGCCCAGUGAUAUGUAUUUUCCAGGCAAGGUAAAGGGUAUUUGUGUUGGAUCCCUCAAUUGCUCCUCCUCCUCUAGUUGUGUGGUUUUGCCUCAAGUGUAUGUUGUAUGUUACUGUUGUCAAACCACAAUAGUGUUACGUUUCUUCACAGAUGAGAAAAAUAGAAAUCCAAUCACUGUAGAAGAGUUGGACCCUCUUAUUCAAACUAUCAUGUAAUAAAAUAAUGUUUUAGACCUGUUGCAAAAAAACACCUAAAUGAACGUCAGUGAAAAGACGUCACGUCAGAUGUAACAGCUGGGUGUUUCUGUCACUGGCAGCAUAGAACUGGUCUGGCACUUUACUGGGCAGGGCUUUCUGUGUUUUGGGCUCUGUUUAUUCUUUGCUUGUACAGGAGGAGAUUAGGGAAAGCAGGUUCUUGAAUCUUUAGGUGUUCAAUAGGAAGACAGAGACUGCGGUGUUGCGGUCGGACUGAAAUUGUUAAAACAUCCAUGAUCCUCAGUGGCUCAGUUCCAGUCCUCCAGGGGAACGGUGUGACACAAUGACAUAAUGAAUGUCACCAGGCACUACAUAAUCUCUCAUGCUGCUUCUGUUUUAAGUGCAGUGAAGUCUUUCUCUACUUGGGCAUUGAGGGGUGAAUGUUUUGAGUCAACAUUAUUGAUAUCGUUUCCCUUUGGUGGUUAUGCACAGCCUUGUCUUGUCCUGUAGAAAUUUUCACUCUUAUCAUAGUGUGUGUUCUUACAGCUGUGUGGGGGUUAUUGCCAGGACAUUGUUACACUAAGUGAUACAUUAUAUUGAAAGGACUACUUCACUAGUUGUUUACUACUACAGAACUCAAGGACUGUCUUGGCCAAGAGAGCAUGUAAUGUUUCCCUGAGCAUGGCAGCCAGACAACAGAGCAGCUCCAUUUCUGAAUGUAUAAACAUGAGCAAACCAGAGCAGCUUAUAAACAAUUUCCACACAGUAUAAAAUAUAUUGUGCCACUGACCCAACUGCAUACUGUAUGAAAAUGUGGGUUGCGCUUGAUCUGUUUGCAGGACACUGACAGUUGGUUACAUACAUAGGCAUUUUUGCACAAUUGGUUAAAAUACAAUGCAUGGUUAUGUUUUAUGUUUGUUUGUUUUUUUACUAUAAGUUAUUGUUAAUCUGUAUAAAUUAUUUGUCUUUGUAAUAGCUUAUUUAAUGCUACCUAACAAGACACUGUAAGUAGAACCAAGGACUAAGUGAGAGACUCUCCGUCUGUCACUGUCUUUCAUCGCCAGGAUGUUUAAUAAAAACAGUAUUCCAACUUU